GAAAUCCUCUGGAGCGUUCCGUUUCACCGUUUCAGGUUUUCCAUGGCGGCGGCGGCGCAGCUGCACGGAUCGGCCGCGACCGCGGCGGCCUACCGCCGGACUCGAGCCUACUCAGUUCCAUCCUCAUGCCGGGCGCUCUGGAGCCCUCUCGUGGGUUACCCGAAGCUUUCGAUUUCUACCAAGGGAGUUGGGUUGAAGCCAUUUGGUUUUGCUGCUAAAAUUUCAACAAAUGAGAACACUCAAGUUGAAGAAUUAAACUUGCAAUCAGAUCAGAUGAAGGAAUUUGUACAGGCAGAGGGACACUCCCAGAAGAGGAGUGCUAAAAUCCAUGACUUUUGUCUUGGGAUCCCUUUUGGUGGUCUUUUAUUUUCCAUGGGCCUUCUAGGAUACAUGUUCUCCAGAAGUACCAUAAGUAUUGUCUUGGGCGUUGCACCAGGGCUUGCCACUCUGCUACUUGGUACACUCAGUCUAAAGUUUUGGAGGAGCGGUAAAUCCAGUUUCCUGUUUAUCCUGGCCCAAGCAGCAAUUUCUGCUUUCCUGGCUUGGAAGUAUUCUCACGCUUACUUCUUGACAAACAGACUCCUUCCUUGGGGCUUCUAUGCUUCCCUAAGCACUGCAAUGGCUUGUUUCUACGGGUAUGUGCUGCUUGCCGGAGGAAAUCCCCCACCAAAGAAGUUGGCGGCCAUCCCACCGCAGUAAAAGAGAGAUUCAGUUCGGUCUAGGAUCAGCAUGGUUUGGCCAAGUUCAUCAUGCUGUGGCAGCAGUAUAGCACAAUUUUGAUAAUCGAAUUUGUAUAUUCCCCAACCUGCGGUUCACUGCUGGCUGGGCUUAUGUUUUUGUCUGAUACCUAAACUUAGCUAAUAAAGAUUCACAGGAUGAUUGCCCUGCCUCCAGUGAACAUGCUCUGUUUCCUUCUACCCGAUGGAUGUACAUGAUAAAGAUAAGCUUGCUCAGCUUGUACUUGAGACAUUUGUAUUCGACUUUGAGAAAUUUGAGAUGUUCGUAGUCAGGAUGGUUUGCAGCUUCAAA